AUGUCUUCGGAAAAGGACAUCAAAACCUACUCGGUUUCAGAAUUAAGACAAUUUCAAAGUCUGUCCGUUCAUCAUAUCUUAGAAAGUCCUAUUUGGUCGUCCAGUCGCUUUCGUGAGACGAGUUCCGAUUUCAACAGUACAGAGAAAUCCGUAUUAUUCUGGAAGGUUUUUACAAAAAUUAUCACUUGUGAUGACCCGCUAUUGCAGCUGCAAGUGAACAAGGUUCUCUCAGAGAUAUCGACUGAUAAAUAUUUCACUCAAACGCUUGGGCUUCUGAGUAGAAUCGAAGUAACAUCACCUGAAAUCAAUGAAGAAUGGCUUGAAAUAUUAGAUAAUUUAGUAAAAUUUCUACAACAGUUGUGCAGCAAAAUUCCAACAACUGCUCUAGCUUCCUUGGGACUGUGUAAUUAUUUAAAUUCCACAAUUACACGAUUUAUAUCACAGAACAGUGAUGAAAGGCUGAACAGUAGUCUACUGGCCAUAAAAAAUGAUAUUGAAGAUAUUCAGAAGAGCAUUUCUGAAAACUUGAUCAAACCCCAAUUAGAAAAACGGAGAGAAAAACAAGAUAAGAGAAAACCACCUAAUGAUUUUCGCAAGAUACCAAUACUGCCCACCAGGGAUGAUAUUUUUCAUGAACCUUUUUUGAGAAAAAAUUUGAUAGAAGGGUUUUACGACAAUUUGGAUCAUUACUUAGAUAUCCAGUUUAGACUUUUAAGGGAGGACUGCAUUGCUCAGUUGAGAGGUGGAAUAUUCGAAUACAUUGAAGCAAAAACAAUAGAUGCCAAUAGAGAAAUAAGAAGAUUGCAGGAUGUCAAACUCUACAAAAAUGUAACUAUUGUUUCCAAAGAAGAGUCUACCAAUGGUCUUCUCCAUGAAAUCAAAUUAGACCAAUAUCAAGUUAGUCGGGUUAGAUGGGAAAGAAGCAAAAGAUUGCUUUAUGGGUCACUUCUUUGCCUGUCACCCGACAAUUUUGAUACACUCUACUUUGCUGUCAUUGAAAAUGCCGACUACGAUAAAAUCAAAACAGACUGUACCAUCAAAGUGAGCAUGAGAAAGGGGAAAGGUCAGUUAGAGGUCCCAUUAGGCUUAUCGAUGACUAUGGUGGAAAGUUCAGCUUAUUUCGAGUCUUACAAACAUGUGUUGUCCUCCCUACAGAAUAUAAAGGAAGAAGAUCUUCCAUUCAGGAGAUACAUAGUGGAGGGUUGUAAAGACAUAAAACCCCCGUCAUAUGUAGAGGAGGAUGAAGAAAUCGAGUAUGACUUAGAACCAAUUAUUAAUCAAAAUUUUAUUUUUAGGGUUUUUAAUCACAGAGUUGAUAAAAAGCAAUACAGACUACUAUCAGAUGAAUGGCCUUCAGCAGAAGAGCUUCAUCUGGAUGAAUCACAGUUUCAAGCAUUGAAAUGUGCCUUAACAAGGGAAUUUGUUAUUAUACAAGGUCCACCCGGGACAGGCAAAACACAUUUAGGUCUAGUCAUAGCAAAGGUAUUGCUGCAUAAUAAAACAUAUUGGAUGAAUGAACAAAAAGUUUAUGAGAGGCUGCCAGUUAGAGGCGCUUUUAGAAGAUACCCUCCUCCUCGCCUUACAGAGGAGGCUUCUUCUGCUAUGCUGAUCGUUUGCUAUACAAACCAUGCCCUGGAUCAAUUCAUGGAAGGCAUUGUGAAUUUCUUAGAUCCAGAUAGUAAACAAAGAUGGGGAUCAAAGCUUGUUCGUGUUGGCUCAAGAUGCUCAAACCCAAAAAUAGAGGAAUAUUCAUUAAAGUACAAAAGACGUGAAUUUCAUUAUUUGGAAGUCAAUGAUAAACAAUACUUAGACGAACUUCAAAAAACCUACAGAAAAAUAUCAAAAAUCAAAUGGAUAAUGAAAAAAUCUAUUCAAAAUAUUUUUGGCGAAGACAUUUUGAGCCCUUGGAUUGAAGAGGUUGAUACUCUUUUGAAAAAUAGCAAGGACUUUGGAAUGCUUGAAUGGUUGAAAAUUGACGAGAAUUCAUUACUGCAGGCUGCAUAUAAAGAUUACGAAAAAUAUGCGUUGGCAAAAGCUAUGGGAGAAACAAUUGACGUCACGAAUACAGCAAGUGAGGAAACUAUGGAAAAAAUUAUUAUAGAUACUGAGGCUGAACUAAUCAAUGCGGAGAGGCAUGUUGAGGAUGAUGAAUUUGAAGUUGAUUUGGAAUUCGAAGAAAUUGGAGUCAGUGUUGAUUUAAUAAUAGAAUCUAUUCUAAAAAACGGUGUCUUCGAUGAUUUAUUUAAAAAACUUUUAGAUGAUCAUGGCAGAAAAGUAAAACUGAAGAUUCUUAGUAAUGAUGUCAUGGCGCCAUCUGAAAUUGAGAAGGCAAUAAAAAGACCAUGGAGAAUAUCAGAUAAUCAGAGAUGGAGAAUGUACAGAUACUUUAUUCUCAAAUUGCGCGAGAGGGUUAAAGACCUUCUAAGACAGGAGGAGAAAAAGUAUGCUGAAUUACACGAAAAAUAUUUACGAGAAAAGCAGAAAAUAGAUCGUGAAAUUUUGUUACAUUCAGCAAUAAUUGCUAUGACGACAUCGGGGGCAGCUAGAUAUCAAGAUGUUUUGAGAGAAGUUGGACCUCGAGUAAUCAUUGUAGAAGAAGCAGCAGAAGUUUUAGAGGCACACAUAAUAGCAACUCUUAAUUCAAAUUGCGAACAUCUUAUCUUAAUCGGCGAUCACAAACAAUUGGAGCCCAAACCUGCAGUGUAUAAACUAGCUGAAGAAUAUAACUUGGCGCUAUCGAUGUUCGAGAGAAUGAUAAAUCUAGGAUUACCCUAUGUUUGCCUAGAACGACAGCAUCGGAUGCGCCCACUAAUUUCACAAUUGGUUCGUCCUGUUUAUGCAAAACUUGUGGAUAACGAAAAUGUCUUUCAAUAUGAACAUGUCAUGGGCAUUGAAAAAGAUGUGUACUUUGUAUCACAUACCAAAGAGGAAUCCACAAAGGAGGAGACUCGAAGCUACUGGAAUGACCAUGAAGCCCUUUAUAUUCAACGCCUCACUCGUUAUCUUCUUAAACAGGGAUAUACAACAAACCAAAUUACUAUCCUUACACCAUAUUCUGGCCAAAUGUUUCUUAUACGGGAUCACAUGCCAAGAAGAGAAUUUGAAGGAAUCCACAUUUCAAUUCUGGAUAACUAUCAGGGGGAGGAAAAUGACAUUGUUCUUUUGUCUCUAGUCAGAAGUAACAAUGAAGGCAAAAUUGGAUUUCUCAACAAAGAAAAUCGUGUAUGUGUUGCAUUAUCCAGAGCAAAAAUCGGUCUUUAUGUCAUUGGAAACUUUGACAUCAUACGCAAGUUUUCUUACAGAUGCAAGUUAUGGGGAAAAGCUAUCAAAAUGAUGGAACAGAAUGGAGCGCUUGGGAAAGGACUUCCGCUUUUCUGUCGGAUUCACAAAUCAUCUCGCAUUUAUGCUGUACUCCCUUCGGAUUUUGAUAAAGCUCCCGAAGGAGGAUGUUCCCUCCAGUGUGAUAUAAGACGAAAUUGUGGGCAUGCCUGUGACCUAUAUUGUCAUCCGAGAGACCCCGAGCACAAGGAAAUUGAAUGCAGAAAAAUGUGCUCAAAAGUCUGUGUACGUGAUCAUAAGUGUAAGAAACGGUGUCAUUUCCCCAAAGAUUGUAUGUGCGAUGUUAAAAUGAUAAAAUCUUUACCUUGUAAGCAUGAACUAGCUCUACCGUGUCAUGUAGAUCCAGAAACAAUCAAAUGUCAAGUACAAGUAGACAAGGAACUACUUUGUGGACACAGUGCUAGAAUACCAUGCUACGAAGAUCCUGCUUCAUUUGUUUGUAAAGUUUUGGUAGAAAGAAAGUUGAAUUGUGGUCAUUUAAAAAAGCUACCUUGUCAUACUGACCAUGAAUUAUACAAGUGUAAGGAGAUUGUUCGGAAAAAUCUUCCUUGUGAGCAUGAAGCAGAAAUGUACUGCUGGGAGAAUCCAGUAAGGUUCAAAUGCAAACAAAUUGUACACAGGACUUUAAGUUGCAAUCAUGAAAUAGACCUGGAGUGUUAUAUUGAUGUGGAAUUCUACAAGUGCCUAGAAAAGGUCAUCAAACAACUUCCAUGUGGCCAUGAAUGUGAAUUACAGUGUUUUGAGAGUAAGUACAUGUAUAGGAUACAGUGUAAGAAAGAUGUCACAGAAAAAAGAACUAUUAGUCUAACAUCGAAAACACCUCGUCUUUAUCGUUACUUGUAUCUCAGCAGGCUUACAGAAAAUAGCUGCGAUCAUACGUACACCAGAAAAUGUUAUGAAUCAGCAAAAGACUAUCAAAUAAAUAAUCCGUGCAAAGAAAUAGUUAAGAAAACACUGAAAUGUGGGCAUGAUAUUGAAAUCGCUUGUCACUUACGGGAGGAUGAUAUCAAAUGCAAAGCAAGAGUAAUGACCGAUUUUGAAUGCCAUCAUGAAAAUGUCGAAGUUUCAUGCCAUUUGAAACCUGAAGCUGAGUGCCAGGCCAAGUGUGGCAAAGUUUGCGAGUCGGAUCAUGUGUGUCAGAAAAAAUGUCAUUUUCCAAAUCCCUGCACUUGCAAAAUAAAAAUGAAAAAGCAAAAGGAAUGUGGUCACAUGCUUGUUGUAGAAUGUCGCGAAGACGUUUCAACGAUAGCUUGUGAUAAACCAGUGGAGAAAAGAUUACCAUGUGGUCAUAUCAAAACUCUUCCAUGUAAAAUAAAUGUAAAUAAUGCUGAUGUUCAGUGCAAAGAGAAGGUUGUUAAACUCCUUAAAUGCAAACACUCUCUACUAUUACCUUGCCAUGUUGAUCCUGACGAUCCAACCAUAAAAUGUUUAACAAAAACGGAGAGGGACAUACCGUUUUGUGGACACAAAAUUUUCAUUGAGUGUUAUAAAAAUCCCGAUACAGAAAACUGCGAGAAAAAGGUGCAUAUUGUUCGACCGGAAUGUGGACAUGAAACAGAAAUUUUAUGCUACCUUAAAAAGCAGUUAUUUUCUGGAUUAAAACACUUUUCAGAUUUACCAUCAUGCAAAACUCUCGUUGCCAAAGAGCUGCCUUGCGGUCAUAUAUUGAAUGUACCUUGCUCAGAGAAGAAAACAAGUCAUGCACUGUGCAAGGAACCAUGCAAAUCUGUCCUUCUGUGUGGUCACAUAUGCAAAGGCUCCUGCUCGGAAUGCAAACUUAACUUUCAACACAGGGAAUGUCAAAAAAUAUGUAAUAAAAUGCUCAUCUGUGGUCAUCAGUGCAAAAGUAGUACUUGUGGAAGCUGUGGUCCUUGUUCCAAUACAUGUGGUUUUGGAUGCUCCCACUUAAGCUGUACUCAUCCCUGCAACAAAGCAUGUGAGAUAUGCACCAAACCAUGUGACUGGGCAUGCCCACAUUAUAAAUGCUCGAAACUCUGCUCUGACGUAUGCGACCGUCCAAAAUGCAAUGAGAGAUGCACUAAAAAAUUGACAUGUGGUCAUCAGUGUAUAGGAUUUUGUGGAGACCCUUGUCCAAAGCUAUGUAAGAAAUGCAACCACAAGGAAAUUCAGAGGUUAUCGAAAGAUGGAUCCAAUCUUUUUGUCGAACUUCAAGAUUGUGGACAUACUUUCAAUUCCAAAACUAUUGAUGCUUACAUGGAACAUGCUGCAGAUGUUUUUUAUAUAAAGCGAUGCCCAAAGUGUUCAAAAGUAAUCACGUGGCAUCCACGUUACCAGACAGAGCUCAAAAAACAAAGUCUGACCCUUAACGAGAUUAGAAACACGAUAGAUUCUGUGUCAAAGAAGUUAAACGUCUUUACAUAUCCCAUACUUGCAGGCUUUUCUGAAAGUUGUUUGGAGUAUAUUACAAAGUUUGGAACAUUUGUUGCUGCAAAUGAACAAUCUUUACAACAAAUAAAUAAUAUUUUACUGACAUCUGCAAAACAUUAUUUGCAGUCCAUGAAACAAUUACUACAAAAGAAAAAAUCAGGAAAUCAGAGAUAUCACAGUAUUUAUACAAAACUACGAGUUAUUAGAGCCUGGUGGAAGGUGUUUAUUGUGAUACAAUACAACACAUUGUCUCCACAGAUGACAUCAGAGCAGGGAGCAGGAGUCUCCGAGAAGGAAGAUUUAGAUUCAGAUGAUUCUGAUGAUGAUGAAACAGGAAGAGAUUACUUCAGCAGGCAGGAUAGUGCAGAUAAGAAUCAGGAAGGACUAUCCAAAAAGCAGUUUAAGUAUGAAAAAAUUCAAGAAUUUAAGCGUAACCUAGAGCUUUUGCAAAAUUCUUUUAUUAAAUCAGAAAAUGACCUCGACUACUGGUCAAGGGACGUAGAAGAAAGAAUGGACUAUUUUGCACCUUUCCUGAGUAAAAUAGGAAAAGCGUGGAUACAAACAGCUGCUAAAUCGCCUGAGCUGAUUGCUGUAAUUGAAAUCCAUGCUGAAACCUGGAAAAUGUGUGCAAAUGGUCAUCCCUUCAGCUUUUUGAACGAGAUCAGUAAUUGUGUCAUUUGCCUCGGACUCGACAGACUGUCAUUGCAGCCUUUUCAAAUUCCGCAAGAAACAGAUAAACCAGGACAAAACAAAAACUACAACGAGCAAGGCGCGCGUCCAAAAACCCGCGGGAAACAGGUUGAAGAUGACGGAACAGCAUUCCAGAAAAAUAAUUCUAAAGGAAGAAACAAACAAGUAUGGAAAGAUAAUCCGUCUGGAAAUGACAGAGAAUUUCAACAAGAUUAUCCCACGCUUGUCAAUAAUGAUAAUUUCAAGAAAAACCAGAGGAGAGACAAACGAAAGGAAAACAGAAAUUCAACAUGGAAUCAAACGAAUGAAUGUCCCAUACCGAUAGUUUUCGGAAACCAAGGACGAGGAAGGAACGCUACACGUCAUUUGGAUGAAUUUAGGUUUGAUCAAGGUCGUGGUAAUAGUCAAGAAAAUUAUAACUGGAAUAACGAAUUCCCAUCUUUGGAAAAAAGAGAAACCUUUGAAUACAAUCAGCCGGCUAUGGAUAAUACAUCGUGGGAUCGUGGAAACGAGCCUGGACAAUAUGAACCAAGAGGAAGAGGAAGGCGAGGAGGAGUGGGUGAGUAUGGACAACAGUAUUACAGAGGACGAGGGAGGGGAGGAUGGGGAAGAGGGAGAGAACAUGAUCAACAGGACUUUCGAGGAGGGUGGAGAAGAGGAUGGGGGAGAGGAAGUGACAACGGACAACAGGAGACUCGUAGAAGUGACUACGGACAACAGGAGACUCGUGGAAGGGGAAGAGGGAGACAAGGACCUCGAAGAGGUGGUCGAAGAGGAAGACGAUAAUAAUCUUUUAUGACUUCGGACUCUAAUUUGUAAUAAUUUCUGUUAUUGAGUAUUAAUAUUUAUAAUUUUAUCACAGAUUAUGCUCGGUGUGUCAACUAUCUACUUCUGUUUGAUUACUUGAAAAUAUUGAAACCUA